AGGACGAGUUUCUGUUUUUCCUGUUUUCUUGGAGAGUAAUCAAGAAUGUCGAAUGGUAAUGCUUUCUUUGGAUUUAAAGAUUUGUUCUUCAAUGCAAAAAAUGGGAAAGGUUUGAUUUGCUCAAACUUCUCUACGAAUUACAUGGAAGAAACAAUCGUUCUUCCUUCUCUUCUCUCUCUCAUUUCCUCCUCCACCCAUCUCCAUUCUUCACCCUUCCAUUUCCAUGGCAUUUCUUCACCAUUUCCUUCUUUCCAGCCUCUAACUCAAACCCAAUGUCCCCAAUUCAAGAAUCCUCUCUCGAUCUUUCCCCAUCCCAUUCCGCCAUGGAAGCCCGGAUGGAAGAGGGCUUUCCUUUUAUCUGUCAUCCUUCCAAUCGAAUCAACUCCAGAGGCAUUUGGCUCCGUGAUGAUUUUCUUUCUUUUUCCCUCCCCCUCCUCCUCUUGCAGCUUUCCCUUUCCUCCAUUCUAACUCGCUUCCUCUCCUUCUUUCUCAAGCGCUGUGCUCAACCCUCCUUUAUUUCGCAGAUUCUUGCUGGUAUAAUAUUGGGACCUUCGGUUCUUGGCUACUACUCACCAUUUGCAAGUAUAGUUUUCCCAUUGAGUGGAAUAAAUGUAUUAGAAACCUUUUCUAUUUUCGGUCUGAUGCUUUUUAUCUUCCAAAUUGGAGUGAAGACGGACCCAAUGGUCAUUGUAAAAUCGGGUAAAAAAGCAUUGGCUGUUGGAAUUUUAAUCUUCAUUCUUUCUAACGCACUGGCUAGACUCACUACCUUUGUUCUCAAGCAUUUUCUCUCAUUGGACAAAGAGAUUUCAAGUGUGCUACCUCAUGUGGCGAUGCUACUAUCCAUGACGUCCUUUCCAGUGGUCGCUUGCUUUCUUGAUGAGUUUGAGAUUCUUAACUCGGAUAUUGGUCGUCUGGCUUGUUCUUCUUCUAUGGUGUGUGAGAUAUGCUUUUGGUCUGUUGUAUCUUUUAGAUUUGCCCUAAGAUCAUUUGAAGAAAUGUCACCAGAAACUUCACUAGGUUUUUUUCUCUCAAAUGGUUUUCUUAUGUCUCUUAUCGUGUUUGGAAUACGUCCAGGAGCUCUUUGGGUAGUUCAAAAUAGCCCAGAAGGAAAACCUGUGAAGGAAAUUUAUAUAUAUGCAGUUUUUGUAGCAUUGCUGAUUUGUGGACUCUUGGGUGAGGCUACUGGUCUAACCGCUGUUUCCACAUCAUUUGUUUUGGGUUUGGUCAUUCCAGAUGGUCCACCCUUAGGAGCUGCACUGACAGAUAUGCUUGAUUGCUUUGUAUCAGUAUUGCUCAUGCCAAUAUUCUUCAUUGCUUGUGGAUUAAGAAUGAAUGUUUUUUCUAUACAGAAUUUGGAGAAUGUGGGUGUAAUUCACCUAGUUGUUUUUGUUUCUCUCGUUGGAAAGGUUGUGGGGAGCAUAGUGCCUUCUCUUCUCUGUAGGAUGCCAUUUCGAGAUGCACUCACUCUCGGUCUUAUUAUGAACUGCAAAGGCACUAUUGAACUUGUAAUCUUGAUUAGCUGGAAAGUACAGAAUGUCAUGAACGAUGAAAGCUUCACCAUUAUGAUUGUCUCUUUGAUCCUUGAAACAGGAUUUAUUUCACCUCUUAUCAAGGCCAUAUAUAAUCCUUCGAGGAGGUUUCUUGCUUACAAACGGAGGACUAUCUUACAUCUUAGAGAUGAUGAAGAACUUCGAAUACUCGCUUGCAUCCAUGGAUUAGAGAAUGCCCAGGCAAUUCUAGAUCUCCUUUUGGUAUCAAAUCCGACCCAUAAGAGCCACAUUAAUUUGAUUGUCCUACAUCAUAUUAAGCUUGCAGGCCGUUCGUCUCCACUAUUAAUUGCUCAUCAGCCUCGUGAAAGGUCGUUUUCAUACAAGACACUGUCGGAACAGAUAUUCAGUGCUUUUAGAAGGCUUGAAGGACAUUUCAGUGACCGUAUCGUAAUAACUUGCUACAAAGGUAUUUCACCAUACCCAACCAUGUACAAUGAUGUAUGCUCAUUAGCACUUGACAAGAGAACGACCUUUAUUGUCAUCCCUUUCCAUAGGCAACGUAUGGUUGGCGAAGGGUUAAAAUCAUCUCAUGCUAUGAGACAGUUAAACAAUAAUGUACUUGAAAAAGCACCUUGCACUGUUGGAGUUUUAAUUGAUAAUGGGAAUGUCAGGUCUUCCCAUAAUUUCUCGCGUCUGGCAUUCCAUCGAGUGGUAGUGCUCUUUUUUGGUGGUGCUGAUGAUCGAGAGGCAUUAGCAUUUGCAACACGAGUGUCAGAACAGGAUAGAAUAAUGGUCACUCUAUUUCAUUUCUCGUCUUCUGAAGAGAUUGUUGGGAGUACAGCUAGAGGCAAGAUGCUUGAUACAAAGUUGUUGAGUGAAUUUAAGCUCAAAACCUCUCAAAAUAACCGAAUAUCUUGCCAAGAUAAGAUGGUCAUGGAUGGUGGGGACUUGAUUUCUGUCCUUAAAUCUCUUCAAAAUGCUUAUGACCUUGUAAUCAUUGGAAGGCGACAUGCCGAAUCAUGGUUGAUGUCUGAUAUUAGGAAAUCUAACGAACGGCAGGGCGAUUUGGGGGCUGUUGGAGACUUUCUUGCUUCAUUCAACUAUGAGAGUGGGACAUCUAUACUUGUGGUGCAACAGCAGACAAGAUUAUGGGGACUGCGAGACCCCGAAGAUUCGACACAUUUGAGAAGAGUGAAAAUAUAAGCAGUUUUUUAGGACCUUUAAUAUCAACUGCUAUGAUAUCUCACUUAUUUUGUUGCAUAGACAUUGUCCCUCCAUCAGUAUAUAGUUCAAGAGUUGGGCCUCUACUUUUGGUUCCAGUUUUUCCUCCUCUUGAUACGUUAACAUAAUGCAGAGAACAUCUUAAUUAAGAUUGGGAAAGAUAUUGGAAGUUAAAACUUUACAACCUCGUGUUCUUAAUUCUGAUUGGGAAAGAUAUUGGAAGUUAAAACCUUCCAACCUCAUUGAUCAACAUUUACUUUUUACCUAGAUAUAGUCUCGAAAAAAUCAAAAUAUAACUAAGCAGAACCUGAAUCAUCUGGCUGAUGUACCCUUUGAGUAUAUACACAAUGAUCGAAAUCAUUCAAGGAAAAACCAUCAAUUUGCUAGCAAGAUCAGCUUCAUAAAUCAACAAAUGAUACAUGUCAAAGGCUUCUCUUGACUUAAAGAAGUUCAUCAACCGUCGAAAGUAAGGACUACAAGUAUUGUGAUCGAACAACAUCGUUGUCAUCAACUUUUAUUCAUCUGCUUGCACUUGCAGAGAGCAUCGGUCACCAAGUUUAAACAGAUAUGUUCGUUCUUCCUUUACAUGUAGUUAGUAAGGUUAACCAUGCUAUGAUAUUGAAAUGCCCGAACUGAGGAUAUGAUAUAUUAUUAUUCAUCCAUCUAGAUAAAUGUAGUUUGGUUUUGCAGUUUUUGUAUAUGGAGAAUAUGGAUUAAGUAGUAAUUUUGUUGCUUUGGAAACUGUGAAAAAGAAGACCAUUGGUUGAAUUUGAGCUGAAGGUGUGAAAGGUUAAACAGGGAAAGGAAGGGAAGGGUAUGUCUUCAAUAUGGGGAAGACUCUCCCAAUUUCUCAGGGAAUUGAAGUAUUAAUCUGUAAACCCAGAUCCUCUUUAUCCUCAUCAAUGCUUUUCUUUUUCUUUUUCUUUUCUUUUUUUGGGAAUUUUCAAUGGCUGAACAUUACAUGUGCACUCUUUUCAAUGAUCCAGUGUUGUGAACAUUAAGCUUCUGCAAGACUCACAUGCACGUAUAGUUUAGAUUUAUUCCCAACCUUACUUUUAGCUAAUGGAUUAGAUGAUUUAAUAUCAAUUUAGGAGUCUCUUCUCAGUGUGCAUGUGAGUUUGUUUACUUAUUCAAGACUACAAGUUUGUUAACUGCUCUUUGUCUGUUCUGUUACAUUACCAUUUUGGUUCA